AUGAUGCAGCGGGGUUUCCCAGCUUUUUCGCUUGGCUUCGCCCUCGUGACGGCUGCUUCGGUCCAAGCGAGCUAUGCUGGUGGCGAGGAAGGAAUUGCCUGCGCUGCCGGGACCGAAGAAGCCGCCCUCAUACAGCGCCAUUCUGUAGUCAACGAGAAGGACAUGACGGUACCGCCGAAAUCGGCGCUGCUUGUGAUUGACAUGCAGAAUGAUUUCAUCAACGGAACACUGCCUGUAGCCGGUGGAGAGUCCAUCAUCCCGACCAUCAACAAGCUGAGUGGUCUGAAAGAGUGGGAGUAUGUGGGCUUCACAACGGAUUACCAUCCGGCCAACCAUAUCUCGUUCGCUUCCAACAGUCCCUUCAAUUUGUCUCCUUUCGAAUCCAUCGAUAUGGCAUACACCAGUCUCGAGGAGGUUUGCGGUGAGGAAUAUUUGUCAAUCUAUGAGGAAUCUGCAGCCAAUUGCUCCGCCCAUGAAGUGCAUGUCCAGUUUUCGCAAGAGCUCUGGCCAGACCAUUGCAUUCAAGGUACUUGGGGGCAACACAUCCAUGACGAUGUCAUCGUGCCGAGUAGCGCCUUCAUCAUUCGUAAGGGGCUGACGACUGUCGUCGACAGCUACGGUGCCUUCACGAACAACUAUGGCAUGUACUUGUCCAGCAACAAGCCGUCAGUCCUGAAACGAAUCGAGGAAAAUUCAUUGAGAAGCACCCUCAAAAAGCUGGGCAUUCAGCAUGUUUAUGUGGCCGGACUGGCUUUGGACUACUGCGUGAAAUACACCACCUUGCAGGCCUUGCGUCGUGAUUUUGAGACGUCCGUCAUCAUUGAUGCGACAAAGCCUGUGUCAGAGAAAACGGGCGCGGAGGCUGUGCACGCUGUCACAGCUGCAGGUGCGGCCCUCGUUCAGUCGUGCAAAAUUUUGGGCACUUGCUGA